AGAUUACAGUGUACAGUUAAGCCAAGCGUAGUGAUUCACAAUAUCACAAAAGCAAAUGAAAAUAAACGAAUACGAUUGCCAAGAUAUUGACGACCGCGUAUCUUAUCUUUUUUUUAACCGAAUGAUAAGAAUUUUUGUUGUAAUACGAAUACUUUCCUAAUAAUAAUACACAAAAUUAUUCAGUUCCUUAUCAGAAGAGACACAGAAAGACUCUUAUUUUCGAUACGCAUAGUUACUCGUAUUUAGAAAUUGGAUAAAUAUAAAGUUAAUUAAUGAAAAUGAAGUGAAUCAAACUAUUUUCUUAAUAUAAAUCAACUUACAAAAAAAAAAAACAAGUUAAGUGUAAUUGCUAAUAGAAAACGUGAAUUGUCUUAUAAAAAUAAAACAGACACACUUUAAUUAAUUAAACUAAAAAUAACUUUUUGAAAUGGAUAAUGUGAUUAGUAUAUUGGUUCUGUUGCUAACUUUGAUUUUGCUUAAAACUUCUUCUGCGCAACACGAAGACAUACCUUAUCAAAAUGUGGAAGAUAUUUGUGAAACAUGUAGCUGCAUAAAUGCACACGAUGCAGAUAGUAAAUUCCAUCACAUGUUAGAUUGCUCUGUUAAAAACUUCAAUCAUAUUCUUCCAAGAUGGCCAAAAGAGUUUGGCUUAAAUCACAAAGGUGUGGAUAUCGUUGCAACGUUUUCCGGUAAUAAAAUUGAACUUUUACAACAACUACCUGCUACAAAUGGAUCUCUAUCGUUUAGCUGCAGACAUUGCACCAUUAAAGAUAUACAAGCUCCAACAUUUAUGGACGUUCCCAACAUAAUUCGUUUAGAUUUAAGUUGGAAUGAAAUUACCUCUGAUGUUCUGUCACCUGAUUUGUUCCGAGGUCCAUACAAAAAUACGGGCUAUGAACCGAUUAAACUACAAGAACUUGACUUGAGUCACAAUAAAAUAAGUUUUUUGCAAAAGUUUGUAUUUGAACAUACACCAGAUAUAACAAAACUGAAUCUUGGCUACAAUGACUUGAGAAUCUUGGGUACUUCCAGUUUAUUUGCUAUAUCUUCUGCAACAACCUUAGAGUUCCUUGACUUAUCUUACAACAACUUGGAGUCUUUGCCGUCGACAUUGUUUAAAGAUCUCAUAGCUUUGAAGUCGCUAUUAGUUCAAGGCAACAAACUAAAAGCAAUUCCCCCCAACUUAAACUUAAUUGGUCGAACUUUGGAGUAUGUCAAUUUUGCUGGCAAUCCAAUAAAAACUUUGAAUGAAGCUAACCUAAAUGGACUUAAGGUUUUGAGAAAGUUGAAUAUCAGCUCAAUGGGGGAACUUACCACAAUCGAAAAAGGAACUUUCUCCCAUUUGGAAUCCUUGGAAUAUUUAUACUGCAGUCGAAAUCCAUACCUUACAACUUUUGACAUCGAUGGGCUUCUGCAUUGCAGGAAUUUAACCGCAUUAGAUGUGUCUUAUUGCAAAUUGGAAACAAUCAGCAUCAAUGUGGACCUCUCAAAUGCUUUGCCUUCAAACUUCACAGCCCAAUGGCCAAAACUACAAACCAUAGGAGUUGUCGGCAAUCCCUGGACAUGUGAUUGCAAUUUGAUGAGAAUUCUUGAGUUUUGUGGCAAAGAAGUAUUCAAAAACGACAAACACGCACGGUGUCAUUGGCCUUUCGGACUGUCUGGCGUUCGAAUCUCUAACCUAACAUCCGACUUUGUAUGCAACUUACCGGAGGAGUAUAUUGUCCCAGAACAGGUGGAUCCACCUAAGUUCUUGCGUCGCCGGUACAUUGUAUCAACUGUUGUGACAAUUUCAUUGGUCAUUUUCGUAGGAGUUCUCGUAGGCUUUUCAAUUGUUUUUAUACACCGCCGACUGAAACGUGACGAUUACGGUAUAGCACCAAUAAGAUACACCAGCGUUAGAGUAAGCAAUCAAUCGGCCAUGUCAAUUAUAAAAUAAUUCCAAAAAGCUCAAGCUUCGCCAUAUUGCCAAAGAAACCAAAUUAAAAAUAAGGUUAGACAUAAGACUUUUUGUUUCAAUUUUAUAUAAAUAAUCAUAAUUUAUUAAAAACAUUGUUAACAAAAUGUGCACUUACUUUAAGACUACGACUAAAUUUUAUGUUUUAAAUAAAUAAAUAUUUUGUUUUUCUCUAUAAAUUGUAGUUUUUUUGUGUUUACAGCUUAUUUAUUUUGUUCGAUAAGUACAAUUUUAGUUUUCUUAUUCAAAAUUUAGUUAUGUUUUUAAUUUACAUUUCUUUCUCUUUUGGUUUCAAAAUUAAGCUUUAAAAAAGAACAACAAAUUAACAAUUAAAAAAGUAUUUUAAUAUUAACAUUAUUAUGUUUUUUAAACCUUACGUUUCGAUUUGUUAAACAAUUAUAAAGGAUUUACUGGACUCAAAACAUUGGAUUGUUAGUGUUAGACUAUUUUUAAAUUUUAUUUUUUUGAAACUUGAAAGUUUUAAACUUUGGACUUAAACAUAAACAAGGUAAAGGAACAUAGCUUACGAAAUUUUUACAUACUAAGAACAAUUUGUUUCACAAGGUCACUUAUAAAUUUAUAUUAGGUAUAUUAUGUGUACACGGUAAAAUUUAAAAAGUUAUAUAAGAUAUAUAAACAAAUAUAUGUUUACAUAAAUAACUUAAAAUACUUAUUCAGUGGCUUAUUUAU